AUGAUCGGUAUCCAAUUAAGAAAAAUGGUUCUACUUAGCUUGAUCUUAAGUAUUUCAAUCGUACCAAUGAUGUGUGAAUUUGUAGAGGAUGCAGAAGAUAUCCAAGGGUUCACGAGGUUUAGUAGAUCACGUUCUCAGUUCGAAGAGGAAGCCAACGGAUUGCGUAACAACCGUGAAGAUGAUCCCGAGGCGACGAGGUGUGCCGGGAUAACCUGUAUUUUGGAUGGGCGGUGUACAAAGGAAUCGUGCGGUGGAUGCAAUAAUGAUAAUUUCUGUAACAAAAAAAAAUAA